AUGGAGACCGUGCACGCCCUCGUUUUCUUCCUCUUCGUCGCGCUUGCGGCGGCACAGCCGCUGCCGGCACCGGCGCCGGCGCCUGCCGACGUGGGUUGCAACGGCGUCUUCCUCACCUACGCUCCCGAGGCCCACGAAAGGAUCAGGCCGUUCGUGGACCCCGCCGCCGCCGCGGCCGGCCGGCAGCCCUACUCCUUCCGCGCCAGCGCCACCGUCCUCAACAACGGCGUCCGCACGCUCCCCUCGUGGGCGCUGCUGGUCGCCUUCGCGCACGGCGAGAUUCUUGUCAGUGUCGACGGCGCCGUGCUCACCUUCGGGGAUGACCUGCCGUACAACACCACGGCGACGGGAGGCGGCGCGACGUCCUUGUCUGGGAACCCGCAGACGGACCUCCUCACGCCGAUCGCCACAGCCGGCGACCUGACCAGGAUACAGGCGACGGUGAAGCUGGUCGGGACGCUGUUCGCCGGGCCAGAGCCGGUCGUUACGCUCCCGUCCGCGAUCUCGCUGGCCGACCCCGCGUACGCAUGCUUGCCCGUCGCCACCGCGCCGACGGUCCUCUCCGCGUGCUGCGUGCUGAAUGCGCCAGAUCAGCCCGCGGCCGACCCGCCGGCUGGGAACGCCUACCUCCCGCGCGUCACCGGCGACCUCGUGAUCACCUACGACGUGCUCCAGGCGCACGAGACCACGUACCUGGCGCUGGUGACGCUCGAGAACAACGCGCCGAUGGGCCGCCUCGACGGGUGGGAGCUGUCGUGGGAGUGGCGGCGCGGCGAGUUCGUCAACUCCAUGAGAGGCGCGUACCCGCGGGCGGUGGACACGCGAGGCUGCCUCUACGGCCCGCAGGGGCAGUACUACAAGGACCUCGACUUCUCCAAGGUUCUCAACUGCGAGCGCUGGCCGGUGGUGCACGACCUGCCGCCGUCGCGGCGCGACGACACGUCCCUCGGCCAGAUCGAGCACUGCUGCAGGAACGGCACCAUCCUGCCCAAGACCAUGGACGAGGCGCAGUCCAAGUCGGCGUUCCAGAUGGAGGUGUACAAGAUGCCGCCAGACCUGAACCGGACAGCCAGGCCGCACGCCCCGGCCAACUUCAGGGUCUCCGGCGCGUCGCCGCUUAACCAGGCGUACGUGUGCGGGCAGCCGGCGCUGGUGAGCCCCACGGAGUUCCCGGACCCGAGCGGACUCGCCUCCACGACGCUCGCUGUCGCGACGUGGCAGGCGGUGUGCAACAUGCCCGUCGACGACUCCAAGGCGGCCAAGCCGCCGCAUUGUUGCGUGUCCUUCUCCGCGUUCUACAACGAGUCGGUGAUCCCCUGCAGCACCUGCGCGUGUGGCUGCCCCACACCGGCGCCUACGACCUGCAGCACGACGGCUCCGGCUUUGCUGCUGCCGCCGCACGCGCUGCUGAUGCCGUUCGAGUGGCGGGCCAAGGAGACGCUCAAGUGGUUGCACGACGAGGAGCUGGGCGCGCCGCCGAACCCGAUGCCGUGCGGCGACAACUGCGGGGUGAGCGUGAACUGGCACGUGGCCACGGACGCGGCCGGCGGGUGGAGCGCGCGGGUGACGCUGUUCAACUGGGAGGGCGCGGACAUGCGGGACUGGUUCGCCACCGUCGUCAUGGAUGACAAGGUGUACGGCGGGUUCGAGCAGGCCUACUCGUUCAACGCCACCGCCGUCGGGGACGGCGCCAUCUUCAUGCGGGGCAGGGAAGGCUUCGAUUUCCUGCUCAGGGAGAACAACGUGAGCGGCGUGGACUACCCCGUGCCAGGAAAGCAGCAGUCCGUGCUCUCCUUCACCAAGAAGACCGCCGCUGGCGAUGUCGACGUGGUUGGCGGCGACGGGUUCCCGACGAAGAUCUUCUUCAACGGCGAGGAGUGCGCCAUGCCACAGAGGAUUCCGAGUCAGGGGGUAGGCAUUCGCGCUAGCCGUGGUGGUGUUCUCGUGCUCUUGCUACUUUCCUUCUUCUUCUUCUUGAAUUUUGGAGCCUGCAUUUGACCUGAUUACAUUUG